UAAGAAAAAACAAGGCGUAUUCUGUGGCCGUGCCGAGCCGGUCGGGUGUCGGUGCACACCCCAAGGAUACGGGUACUGUGCGCGUACCACAUUACGUACGACGAUUCGAGAACGUUGGUGACGCGUCAGAGAUUAACGUUUCCCGUUUGUCACGCCAUCAGACCUGAAGCAGAAAGUGUGUACGAUUGCUGCGCCUCCCGUUGGAUUCCAAGUGAAGCCAAGCACGUGGCAGCGACCGUGGUGUGCAGUGGUGCGGCGAGCGAAGGGCUCGCGGUGUGUGUGAACGUGCUUUUGGUCAAUUCGUCGUCUUCCUCGCCGCUUACAACAGCCGGGGAUUCUAUUUUCCACUGACCCGGUGUCCAGUGGCUUGGGUUUUCCGCCCUAGCCAUGGAGCCGGCAGCACCAGCAGUGGCAGCCGCCACAGCAGCCAAUGGGGUAGGCAGCAGUGGAGGGGCCUCGACCGACUCCAUCCGGACUCUGGACUCGGUUUCCGAACUCUUCCGGCUGCUCGAGCAAUGGGAGUCCCAGAAUGGGACUGGAGCUGACCCAAUCCCUGUGCUCACGAGCAUCGCAGAGCUCGUCGAGAAAGAGACCGAGGCAUACCUCAAGAUGGAUCCGGACCCAUUCGAUGACCGGCAUCCGAGCCGUGCCCACCCUGACUGUACCCUAGGCCAUCUACUCAAAGCGCUCUUCAAGAACGACGAAUUCAUGAACAAGUUGGUGAACAAUUAUGUGCUCAGCCGUGAGGGCGGUAACCUAAGCACCAUCGCCUGUCGUCUUCUCCUGGACAUCCUGCCGGGGCUGGAGACAUCCGUCGUGUUCCAGGACACGGAAGGGCUGGUGAGCCGGCUUCUCCAGUGGGCUGAGUCGGAGAGCACGCCCCCGCUACUGCAUGCAUACGCCACGGGCCUGCUGGCAGCUGCCAUGGAGGUGCAGGACAUUGCGGCCAACUACCGGGAGGCCAACGCCCGCCUGGUGCCGGCUAUGCUGCGGCGGCUCUGGGAGCUCGCACAGGUGACCCCCGAAGAAGUCGUGUGCCGCCCGCCGGAGCGGCCCUUCUGCCACCUCAACGGCGCAGCCACAGAUGGCCCGCUGUCCACGCCACAGCAGGCGACGGCGUUGCAGCAGCAGCAGGGGCCGCCACACAAGAGCCCCUCGGAGACACCCCUGAUCAGCGAGUGUUCCAACAGCAGCUGGGCCGAGCUGGAGCCCCUCAUGAUCGGCUCGCAACAGGUGUUUCCCCUGACAGUGGAAAUGCAGCAGCGGCUGAUCCUUCAGUACCUGACCCCACUGGGCGAGUACCAGGAACUGCUGGGGGCCGUGCUGGAGGCCAAGACGCUGCACCUGCUGCUGCACUACGCCAACCUCAAGGAGAACCGCGACGUCCGGCUGGCCUUCGAGGCGCUCAAGUACCUGGCUGCCUUGCUGUGCCACAAAAAAUUUGCCCUGGAGUUCAUCGCCGUGGGAGGCCUGCAGCGUCUGCUGGAGGUGCAUAGGCCGUCGGUGGCCGCGACAGGUGUUUCUAUCUGCCUGUACUACCUGGCCUACUCCGAGGAUGCCAUGGAAAGGGUUUGCAUGCUUCCACAGUCGGUCCUGGCUGACUUGGUUGCGUAUGCCCUGUGGCUAUUGGAGCGGUCCCAUGAUUCCAGCCGUUGUCACGCGACAAUGUUCUUUGGCCUGGCAUUCCCCUUCCGGUCACUGCUGGAGCUGUUCGACCAGCAGGACGGGCUACGCAAGCUCCUCAACGUCAUGAGCACCCUCGACGUCUUCGUCCGCGGCAGCAGUAACGACUCGGCGUCUCCUUCGGAUGACCAAGUGUUCGCCAGCCGCCAGACGGCGCGGCACGUCUGCGCGGCCCUCAAACGCUACUUCGAAGCACACCUGGCGCACAAGGCAGACCACCUGCGGAGGUCACAUGCUCGCAACGCUACCGCCAGUUCCAGCGGCGUCAGCGUGAGCUUGUCGUCUUCCCCUCCACCUUCGCAGUCUGCCUCCACGACGACUCCUUCUGCGUCAAGGAGCCACGAGCCGUGGUCAUCAUCUGGCGCCACCGCCGCGACGGCGUCAACAGUGGUGUCGGCAAUGCCCGGCUACCGGUGCAGGGCGUCGCGCUUCACGAUCGAGGCGGUGUCGGAGAACAUGUGGACGCUGUUGGAGCUGCUGCCCGCGCGGGCGCGAUGGACCCCCGUCGAAGACCUGGUGCGGUUGGGCGGGGUGUCUCUGCUGCUGCAGACGGUGGCGCUCUCCUAUGACUGGAACCACUCGGGCAAGGCGGACACGGUGCGCGCCGCCCUCGACGUGCUCGCCGUCUGCUCGGUGGUGCCCCGGGCCCAGAUCGCCCUGUGCCAGAACGUGGCCCUGCCUUCGGGGCAGGUCCGAUCUGCUGCCGGCAUGAGUGUUAUAUUAGCUGCAGCUGAUGGGGAAAUUGUUGCUGACCCCGAUGUCCAGAGGUCGGCCCUGAAUGUCGUCAUCAACUGUGUCUGUGGGCCCAUGUCGAGGUUAGGAGGCAGCGUCGGACGAGUUGUGUCGGGCAGCGUGCGGAAGCGGGCUGCAGUCAAGAGUGGCGAGGACUUGCUGAGCAAGAUGUGGAACUGCGUCCGGGCCAACAACGGCAUCAUGGUGUUGCUGAAUCUGCUGACUGUAAAGAGCCCCAUCACUGACGCGGAUUCCAUGCGUGCCCUCGCUUGUAAAGCACUGUGUGGCUUGGCACGCUGUAGCACAGUGAAACAAAUCAUCAGCAAACUCCCACUAUUCACCAGUGGCCAGCUUCAAGUGCUCAUGCGAGAGCCUGUCCUCCAAGACAAGCGGCAGGAGCAUGCCAAGUUCUGCACCUCGUGCAUCGAACUGGUGGAGAGGGUGACCGGGGCACCCCUGAGCCCUGGGAUGGAGUCGUCAUUGGCCAAGAUCAACAAGUCCGAGGUGGUGGCACAGACAAAGAUCAGCUACCGCGAGAAGGACCUCCUGCAGCUCAUAUACCAGCACCUCCAGGCCAAAGGUUUGACGGACACUGCGGCCUUGCUGCAAAAAGAGGCGGGACUACCUGCACGGCCCACGUGUGGUAGCUCGGCUCAGCCCCAGUGGUCGGCCAACACUGUCUGCACCCCACGAACAGUCCGGCCAUUACGGUCGGGAUCAUUGGGUUCUGCCUCCCUGACGCCCAACUCGUCGGCGGAGAAGGUUCCAUCGGUGACCUGUCUGAAUAGGAACGGUGCCGUGACCCCAAUCCGCGGGGACUCGAGCCUCGGCCCUCGGCAGCUGCAGAACCACGUGAUGACGCCCGCCCCCUCGCCGUCGAUGCCGGCACUCCAGAAGCGCAGUGGCACGUACCAGCCGUCGCCAGUGCUCAAGCGGCUGUCGUACACGUCGACGGGAUCCACCAUGCCCACCUCGCACCCGCCGCACUCGCUGUCGCUGGACAUGAUCGUCAAGGAGUACCUCCGGAACCAGCACGCCCUAUGCAAGAACCCUGUGGUGGCCUGCCCUCCCUUUGAGCUGUUUGUGCCACACCGGUGUCCAGAACCGCAGUACCGGAAUGCUGCACCCACGAGCAUGGCGGCCAGGCUGCAGCGCUGCCAGGUGUUUCCCCCGGUCGGCGGAUUCGACGGUGCCAAGCUUCACCGCAAGUUUGUGUACAGUCGGUUUCGUUCGGUGCGGACCUUCCGAGACCCUGAUGGCACAAGCAGCUACUCUUGCUGUGCGUUUUCAGCUGGCUCCCAGUAUCUGUUCCUUGGCACCCUGGUCGGGGAACUGCACGUCUACAAUCUCUACACAGGCCUGGAGGAAGCAACUUACUCAUGCCACGAAUCGGAACUCACACAUUGCCAGCCAUCAAAGGACGGGAAAUUCUUGCUCACUUCAUCAGCGUGGCGGAGACCACUGUCAUCAUUGUGGAGCUUCACAGAUGUCUUCGACCAGAAGCUUACGUUUGACGACGACUACUAUGUGGAGUUCGGCAAGCAGUCGCUGGACCGGGUGCUGGGCACGAGGCACGAGACGGCCCACAUCUACGACACGUCCACGGGGGCCCUGCUCUCGACGCUGCGCGACGCCGACCUGUCGAACCACUACACUCGCAACCGGGCCACCUUCAACCCAACCGACGAGCUGGUGCUCUCGGAUGGCGUGCUCUGGGACGUGCGCUCGGUGUCGCCCCUGCACAAGUUCGACAAGUUCAACCCCCACGUCAACGGUGUCUUCCACCCCAAUGGACUUGAGGUGAUUUCGAACUCUGAAGUGUGGGACUUGCGGACUUUCCGGCUCCUGCACACGGUGCCGGCUCUAGACCAGUGCCAGGUGACCUUCAACGGUGCCGGCGAUGUGUUGUAUGGCGCUGUGCUCACCGAGGACGAUGACGACUCGGCACGACUUUUUAGCUCUUCAUUCAGAACCUUCCAUGCGUCGGACUACUCCUCCAUAGCAACAAUCGACAUCAAGCGCAACAUCUACGAUCUCAAGCCUGAUGAGUCGGAUUAUUUCCUAGCUGUUGUGGAGAACCAGGGCACCAGGGAUGCCACGAUGAGCAGCUCGGAGAGCAUCUGUCGUCUCUACGAGGUUGGUCGGCAACGAGAGGAGGACGACGACGAGGAUGCAGAUGACGACGAGUCUGACAAUAUGGGUGAAGAGGACACUGAUGAGGACGACGACGACGACUCCGGUGAAGAUGAAGACGUGGAAGACAUGGAAGCCGACGAGCAUGAUAACGAAGAUGACGAUGGUGAUGAUGUGGCGUUCAGCCUCUCGGACGUGAGCGAGGAUGGACCCAAUGAUUCGGACGAUUCGGAUGAUUCGGACGAAGACCAGGUACUUUUUGCGCUGAACGAAAUCUGAGCUUGGAAGUGCCGCAAGUCAUGGCCGCAGCUGCAAACCCGGUGUUUCGCGGAGUGUGAAGAGAAGAGAGAGAGAGAAAAAGAAAACUGUCUUUUAAUUUAUAUAGAUUUGUAAGAUACUACAACGUGACUACGGCUGACUGGCAGAGAGGACAGUCUGCUCACUGUGAUUGAUAUCUCUUCCCAUCUUUUUGUAAUGCAAGAUUACGAGCUGUGGUGAUGGACCGUCAGUGUGCGGCAACACGCUCGUGUUUUUCUUGUGACGCGUCGACAGGACUCGGCGUCCGACCUAUGCCGUGAUGUUCAUGUCUGCGCAAGUACCGAAGACAAGAUUUGUUUCAUUCUCCUCUA